AUGUUUCGCCAACUAAAACCCUCAAAGAUUCGAUCUAUUUCAAACAUUGUUUCAUUAUCUCUCAAUCAAGAAUUUUGUUAUUCUUUAGAUAAUAUUACUUACAUAAAACUGGUCCAAUCAUCAUCACUUUCUGGGUGUUCAUUACAUGGCAAACUUGUUCAGUCACAUAUGUUUAAAACAGGCUAUAAUCCAGGCAUGUUUUUACAAAAUACCCUUUUGAAUAUGUACUUAAAAUGUAACGAUAUGGAUUCCGCUCUCCAACUGUUUGAGGAAAUGCCUGAACGAACUGUCGUUUCUUGGAACUUGUUGAUUUCUGGGUAUACGAAGCUGGGUAAGUACAUUUGUGCAAAACAAGUGUUUUGUAAAGCUAGAGUGGAGAAGGUUGGGCUUAGUAAGUUUAGUUACGCGAGUAUGUUGAGUGUGUGUGCUCAAACAGGUGAUUUGGAGUUAGGGAAGGUUAUACAUGGGUUGAUUGUUUUGAGUGGUGUAGGUGUCGAUGCUUUUUUGAGUAAUCUGCUUGUUUCUAUGUAUAGUAAGUGUGGGAGAGUUGAUCAAGCACGGGUUGUGUUUGAUACCUGUGGUGAGUUAGAUGACGUUUCUUGGAACUCGAUAAUUGCUGGUUAUGUUAAAGCUGGUUUAUAUUGUGAAAUGUUACAAGUUUUGGUUAAAAUGCAUCAAAGUGGCGUGGGAUUUAGUAGUUAUGUGUUGGGGAGUGUUCUUAACGCAUGUUGCACUAAUUUCAGGUGGUGUUUAACAUGGGGAAAGUUACUACACUCAUUGUCUAUGAAACUUGGUUGGGAUCUUGAUGUUGUUGUUGGGACUGCAUUACUUGACAUGUAUGCUAAGAUUGGGGAUUUAAAUGAUGCGAUUGCCAUUUUUGGCUUUCUUCGUGACAAGAAUGUGGUCAUGUACAAUGCAAUGAUUGCUGCAAUGCUUCAUAGGCAAAACGCCAGUGAUGAAAUCAUGAAGAAUUCAGUAAAUCUUUUUAAUGAGAUGCAAAGACAUAGACUAGGGCCUUCAGAGUUUACAUUUUCAACAAUGAUUAAAGCUUGUGUUACGUGCAAAGAUCUGGAAUAUGGAAAACAAAUUCAUGCACAUAUUUGCAAGAACAACCUUCAGUCUGAUGAGUACAUUGGAAGCACACUUGUUGAUUUGUACUCUUCAUGGAGCUCAAUGAAAGAUGCGGUUAGAUGUUUUGAUUCAACUAAUAAACAACACAUAGUGAUAUGGACAUCUAUGAUUGCGGGUCAUGCCCAAAAUGGUAAAUACGAGAGGGCGUUGGCUCUUUUCUGUGAGCUGCUUACUUCUGGAUUAAAACCAGACGAUUUCACGAUUUCAACCGUGCUUAGUGCUUGUGCAAAUUUGGGCGGUGUUCGGUCUGGGGAGCAGAUGCAGAGUUAUUCAACUAAAACGGGAAUCAUAAAGUCGAGUGUGGUAUUAAAUUCAUUGAUAUACAUGUAUGCAAAGUCGGGUGACAUCGAUUCUGCAAAUCAGACCUUUGAGGUAGCAGAUAAAUCCGAUGUAGUUUCGUGGAGUGUGAUGAUAUGUAGUACUGCACAUCAUGGAUGUGUGAAAGAAGCUUUGACCCUCUUUGACCUGAUGAUUAGCAGUGGGAUUGAACCGAAUGAUGUGACGUUUCUCGGAGUUCUUACUGCAUGUAGUCAUAGUGGGUUCGUAGAGAAAGGACUCAGAUAUUUUGAAACCAUGAAGAGGGACCACGGUAUCACACCAAGUGAAAAGCACUGCGCUUGUAUAGUAGAUCUAUUCGGGCGUGCUGGAAGACUAUCUGAUGCUGAGAUUUUCAUCACGGACUCUGGUUUUAGUCAUGCUCCUGUAAUGUGGCGAUCAUUACUAAGUUCUUGUAGGAUACACAAGAACAUGGAGAUUGGGAAACAUGCAGCCGAGAGAUUAAUUGAGAUUGAACCUCAUGCUUCUGCAUCAUACGUGCUUCUUUACAACAUCUACCAUGAUGCUGGAAUGGAAGCACAUGCUACAAAUAUAAGAGACUUAAUGACUAACCUGAGGAUCAAAAAGGAACCUGGUAUAAGUUGGAUUGAAGUAGGAAACAGAGUUCAUUCAUUUUUGGUUGGUGAUAAGUGUCACCCUCAAAGUGAAAAGGUAUAUGCCAAGUUAGAAGAUAUGUUGCGGGAAAUCAAGAAAAUAGGUUAUGUAGAUGAACGGGAUAUGAAAAAGGGGAAUAGUUCAAUAGUGAAUCACCAUAGUGAAAAGUUAGCUGUGACUCUAGGUUUGAUUGCUUUGCCUCCAUCUGCUCCUGUGAGAGUGAUGAAGAAUUUGAGAGUUUGCAAAGAUUGUCAUUCUGUAAUGAAGCUGAUCUCGAAAGUUGAAAAGCGAGAGAUAAUUCUAAGAGAUCCUAUCCGGUUUCAUCGGUUUAGAGGUGGAACUUGUUCUUGUGGGGAUUACUGGUAACAUUUCUAGCAGUUGUCCACCACUUGCAGAAUGAUUUGGGGACAUUGUGGAGUCUUAAUUUCAUGCACUUAAAAGAAAUUUUGUCUGCAGACAGACACUUAUAAGAAAUGUCGUCUCCAGACAUUGACAACCAUUAUGGAUUUUUUGUCAAGAUACCAUCGAUUCAGAGCAUUUGAGAAGUUGGAACUUGUCAGACUUAUUUAUAAAGCAGCACGAGCAUGAAACAAACCUAGUUUCAAAGGGCCGUAACUUUUUAAGUUUGAGGAGGCACGUAGACCGUGAGCAUGCCCCCAAAUGGACUUGUCGGAGUAGAUAUGAUGACAGGCUUCCCUUGACGGUUUUAGUCUCACACUCACCCAACCAUCGAGCCCAAAGUCUGUAAUUAGGACUCCGAAUUCUUUUUUAUAUGUAUAGUAAUUAUUUUAUUCAUUUGGUAAAUAGCGUGAAAUCAACCAUUCCUAUCAUAUAUGUCAUGACCAUUGUCAGGAUUUUACAGUUAAUUUUGAAUGUUUGGCUAAAUAUGCCAAAAAGAGAACAAAUCCUUGUAACACAUUGUAAGUUAGGCCGAUAUUUUUAAUCAUAUAAGUAUAUUUUUAACCAUA